CCAGUGAGUUUUAGGGCGCUGUUACUGCACGACGCAAAGCUCGCAGCUUGCUGUGAUCCGGUUUUCGUGAUUACUUCGGUUCAUCCCAGCAAAUAUUUGUUUCACGGCUACCUGAGACAUUCUUGCAGUGCUCAAGAGUUUGUUUUCUGUUCAAAUUAGGAGGAUUUUUGGACGUACUUUGUGCUGGUGCUAGCAAGAUUUUCAUUCAUUACUCGCAAGUGACUGUGAAAGUGUAGACCUUGGAUCCACUCUAGGUGUCGAAGCCGUUAGAUUUUGUUCAUUCAUAAAAACCGGAGUCUGGCGCAGUGUAGUAACGACUGAAGCUCGUUUUGCAAUUCAUGUAUGAAGUGGUGAAUUGGAGACUACGAUUUUAAUUCCAUUAAAAAAGGAAUACAUUUGAAUACUCUAAAAGUUAUCGGGGACUAGACUCUAAAAGUGUUUUCUUUUUCGUAAUUAAAUGGUGAUUUAUUCAGAGAUUAGGGGAUUCAGGGACUGUGUGCAGUGCUGAAAGAUUUAAACGAUGCGUAAAGCAGAUUAGUGAAAGCACUUAUUAAAAUGUUUGUUUUUGUUAUGGUUUAAUUGUUUGAGUGAUUUAUUAAGUGAUUAUUUCACGCCUGUUGACUUGGAUUACGGCUUUUAAACAUGGAUAUUACUCUUUUAACGACAUUGUAUUUCCUGGCCGUCGUUUAUGCAUCUCAAGCCCAGCAGCAGUACUUCCGUUUGUUACCGAAAGAUGUCAAGAUCCACGAGGGCGGAGAGGCCAUGUUGGAGUGCGAAGUGGCCAAUCUAGCGGGUCAAGUGCAGUGGACCAAAGACGGAUUUGCUCUAGGUUUUUCUUCCGUAAUUCCCGGAUUCCCUCGUUACUCCGUGAUAGGGGACAGACGACACGGAGUUUACAACCUGAGGGUGAGCAAUGCAUCCCUCGAGGACGACGCCGAGUAUCAGUGCCAGGUGGGACCGGCAAGACUGCAGAAGGCCAUCAGGGCCAACGCAAGACUCAACGUUAUCUCUCCACCCUCUUCAGUUGAAAUAUUAGACCACUCACACAAUUCAAAGAUUGAAAUAAAAGAGAAUCAGGAAUUUCAUUUAGAAUGCAGGGUGAGAAACGCCAAGCCCGCUGCGAAAAUCGUCUGGUACAGAGGAAACGUGGAAAUUAAUAUACCUAAUCGCGAAGACCAGACCAUCGACGUUCCGGGUAAAAACGGUGACAAACGAAUCACCCGAUACGACACCCACUCCAGAGUAACUCUGAAACCAACCGCCGAGGACGACUAUGCGGAAUACACCUGCGAAGCAAGACACGAAGCUCUGUCGCAGGAUAUCCCCAUGAGGACCACCGUCCAGCUGAGUGUACUAUAUCCUCCGGGUCUGCCCUACAUCGAAGGUUAUACCGAAGGAGAAACGAUAAGAAGAGGACAGACCGUCGAACUGGUGUGUAGAAGCAGAGGCGGUAAUCCCCCGGCACAACUGAUUUGGUAUAAAAACGGGGAACAGAUUCGGAUGGCCUACAGAACCGCUGGCAGAGUAUCCGAAAACGUUUAUACUUUCACAGCAGAUGCUAGUGAUGACAAGGCGAGGUACAAGUGCGAAGCAAGCAACGUUAUGUCGAAGUCCCCGCUGAAAGCCGAGAUCGAUUUGAGUGUAUUAUUUUCGCCGGCGCAUGUUACCAUUUCUGGACCAACCGAAGCAAGAGUUGGAGAUCCUGUUCCUCUCACUUGUACCACUGCAAAUUCCAAUCCUCCCGCUGAAAUUAAAUGGAUGGUGGGUGGAAGACAAGUUCGGAAUGCCACCUCCAGGACUGUCAUGUCUCCGGAAGGGGGUUGGAUCACCACUUCGAAUAUAACCACGGUUGUUGAGCCAAACAGGAGGAGUUUGGUUGUCAUUUGCCAUGGUCUCAAUAUGCAGUUGACGGAAAAUGUCGUGUCUACUCAUACCAUCAAUGUUUUAUAUCCUCCCAGCCAGCCAUUCAUCCACGGCUACACAGAAGGUGCUCACAUUCCUGCUGGUACUGUUCAGAAAAUAUCCUGUACAUCCUCCGGGGGAAAUCCCCUUGCGACAAUGACUUGGUACAAAAAUGACAAAAAGAUCCACUCCACAGUGAAAACUUCCGAAAAAUCAGUCACGGCUGAAGUAACGAUUUUGACAAAUGUCACCGACAAUGAAGCUAGGUACAGAUGUGAAGCAGCGAAUUCCGCUACAGAAAUACCAUUGUUUGAGACCUUAACCAUGAGCGUGUAUUUUCCCCCUGACCAUGUGAAAAUCAGGCAAGAACCGGAGGAGUUGAAGCCCAACGAAGAGGGCAUAUUAAUUUGUGAUUCCAGCUCCAGUAAUCCACCAGCAAAGCUAUCUUGGUGGCGAGAAGGAAUACCUGUUCCCGGGUUGGUCAAUUCCACAAAACCGGGCCUUCAUGGUGGUACAGUGUCCAGUAUUGAAAUGAAAGUGAACGUUACUGAGGAAAUGAAUGGGAUAGUGUAUACUUGUCAGGCAAAUAAUGAGGCUCUGCAAAGGUCUGUCCACGAUGCUAUCACUCUUCAAGUUUUGUAUAAACCAGUGUUUGAUACUAACAACGAAGAAGCAGUAACAGGAAUUGAAAACGAACCCCUCAUCAUCACACUGAAAGCCGAUGGAAAUCCCCAAAAUAUCGCCUAUACAUGGACCAAAGACGGGUUGCCGAUCACACAGGCUGCGUCAGCAAAUGGCAUCGAAAGGAUUGUGUCUGAUGGACCUCUACUGAAUAUCACUAAACUUAGUCGACACGAUGCUGGUAGCUACAGCUGUGAAGCCCUGAAUUCUCAAGGCAGCAGCUUGGCUGUGGUCAACAUUACUGUACAAUAUCCAGCAUCGAUAUCUCAAAUAAGUGAAAACGUGAUAGUGAACCCAAAAGAAGACGCCACUCUCUCCUGUACUGCAGAUGGCAAUCCUCUGGCUGACGACACCAUUACAUGGAAAAGAGAUGAUUUCCCGGAAUUCGCUGCCCGAACUUCAGUGAUGUAUGACAAAAAUGGCACCUCUUAUCUCAGGAUAUCAGGCGUUACACGAGAAGAUCUGGGUAACUUUUUGUGUGUCGUUAACAAUGGAGUGGGAAACGCAACCUCGAAAGAAGUUAUGUUGAUUGUUAAACAUAAGCCAGAGAUCGAUGAACAACCACAAUAUUUGAAGUUUGCCACUGAUGCUGGUGAUACUGGGAAGCUGAUAUGUAGAAGUAGAGCAUCUCCAUUGGCAAGAUAUACAUGGGCUAGAAAUGGGACUCCCAUCACUUCAAAUACGACUGGAAAAUAUUACAGCACAUACAGACAAGUGGAUCAGCUGACGACAGACUCAACACUGUACAUCACCCACGUAACUUCUGCCGACUACGGCCUCUACGAAUGCGUCGCCAGGAAUGAACUGGGUUUCUCCACUAUAUCUCCACGACUGGAGGUUACUUCUGCUCCUGACACACCGACACUUUUAACUGUCGUGAAUGUUACCCACGACAGCGUUACUCUACUAUGGACACCCGGAUUCGAUGGAGGAAUGAAGGCGGCUUAUAGAGUUAGGUACAGGAAGGUUGACGAUGAUGGAUACAAGUACGAAGACGCUGUUGGUAGCAACGUAACUACACAUAUUGUCAAAGGGCUUGAGGUAAACACCCAGUAUGUCUUCUCGAUUAUGGCGUCCAAUAAGCUCGGAAACAGCAAAUAUAUGCCGGACUUGCUGUCGGCCAAAACGUCAAUGUUUGUUGGCGAUCAAGUUGAGAAAGUCAUACCAGACGAGUUGCUGGAGAAACAGGAUUUGCCCAGGAUAGUUAUUAUAAGUGUUUCGGUUGUUGGUGUUAUUCUCCUAUUCAUAAACAUUGGAUUGGUAGCUGGCUGUAUGCUCAAAAGGAGAGCCAAAAGAAUCAGAGAGCAAAAUAAUCAAACCAGCAAAUCUGCCACCAUUGAAAUGUAUGCACCAAGCAGCUACAACGACACUGUGACAGGGGAAACCCUUUCUUCUGUUAGUGAAAAAAGUGAAACCUACAGCAAUGAGGGCAGUCAUCAUGACUACACAGACGAGAGUCGCAAACCUCCGCCAAACACCUAUUUGAUGGAUCAUCAACCAGAUUACCCAGGGGCAUAUCCAGUUUAUGAAAUGCAGAUGCCUGUACAAACUGGUAUCAGUAUGGCUCACAAGACGCAUACCCUGCCUCAUCCUCAUCAUCACCAUCAACAUGAUCAGAGACCCAGAGCGAGAGAUGACCAAAGUCUAGGUUACCAUGGUGGCAUGUCAGGCAAAUCUUCUUACGUGAGCGCACCAUCUCCAGCUCCACCAACCGAUGGGUCGUACUUCAACAUGUCUGACCGAUACCUGUCGUAUCCCCCUCCACUGGACUUCCAAUCAGCGCCACCUAUACCUGCACAUCCGCACAUCACACAUACUCACGUGCCGAUCACGCCUCCGCUGCCAUCUAACGGAUCUCUGUUGCGUCACCAGAGGGGCGUUCUGCCUCCAGACGUUUUACACAACACUAGCCAGAACGCCCAAAUUUUACAAGCCCAAACUCUCGCCCAGAAACGGGAGCUGUCCAGUUUCGGUAACGGUUACGGCGUGAACGAACAGGAAGGACAUCUUGUGUGAGAUUCGGAAGAAAUUUUGUUUGUUUUGUAAAGUUCUUUCAGCCCGAGAGAGUAUUUUGUCCGAUUUUAUUAGAUGUUACGGAAUGGAGUGAAGACUGCUUGUACAUAGUGAGACUCGAACGAUACUCGAAUAAUGUGAUUUUUAAAAAGUUAAUAUCAUUGCAUACUCAGCCGCGGAUGUGUAUAAUAACUGGGGAAUAACUAGUAAGUGUAAUGAAGAUAUGAUUAAGUUUUUUUUAAUCGUCCACGAAUUCAGUGGGACAAUAAUCAAAAAUGAUUUCAUUUUAUACUUAGCUUUAGUAGUUUUUGAGUAAUACGCCUUAUGUUUUCAGUACGAUUACUGAAAAACUUUAUUUGCUAACUGAUAAUCAGUUGUAGUUUAUCAAAAUGUGAUCUGAAACAAUGUACGUUAAUCGAUAUCGCUGUUACUGUUAUGAUUUAUCCAAUGUACGGUUUAUUUUGUAUUUUCAUCUUUGAACAUAUAUUUCUUGUAAAUAUCUUUUAAGUUUUACGUGUAAAUAUUUAUUUUCUAGGAUUUGUUUCAUCGGAAAUAAUUUACUAGUCCAAUCAAUCAACCAAAGCAUUCUAAAUACACUUUUGUAAAAAAUCGUUAUUGUAUCCAGAAUUUCUUUUUUUCAUUUAUUUUGUUUAUACUAGCAGGGUAUUUAUUUCUUCAUUAUAAUCCCCAAAAAUUAAGUUUUAGUUUUGUUAAUAUAGUUUGUACAUUUUCAGCUAGAGUUUGUAUAAGUUUCAUUUUUAGAAUUAAAGUUAUUUUAUUUUA